CAGCCACAGCAGCAGCUACUCACACCCAGAGAACUUAUCCAGAAUAUUCAGAAAAUGUUGCAAAUUUAAGUGAUCUUGAUGUUAACUCUUUACAAAUUGUUCACAAUCAAUUGUCCAGAAACCUUGAGAAUGUGUGUAGACCAGAUAGAAAUUUUUAG